AUGAACUUCCGAUCAAGAGCUAAAGAACUGUCAUCAAACAAGCAGUGUGCUACUGUUGCAGAGGAGAGGAAGCAAAAGUUAAAUACAAGAGGCAAAGAGGGGGAACGAUCAGCAAAUGUACUUGUGAAGGAGGUUGCACCUCUACAUCAGAUUGAAGUACACGGCUGCCUCAUCAGAGUGAGCGUCUCGUCACGGGAAAUGUUCAAGCAGAACAUAGAUGGCCACGGGAGGGGGCUUCAUAGCAAGCACACCAAGAACAGCCGAGAAAGCACAUCAGCAGCAGCACCAAAAGCCGGUGCGCCAGGUGACUGGGGUCGCAGAGGGCCGAAAGCGCCCGGGAGGCAGCGGGGAUUCCACUGCGGGCCUCAUCGGGGCCGCCUGCCAGCAGCGCCCGCGCUUCCUCCUCCUCCUCCUCCAUCAGUCUCCAGAGAUGCAGAAAAACUCUGUACCAGCAGGAAGCCAAGGGGCAGGUGCCCUGUAGAGGUUGUGGUCACGGGGUCGCGGCGCUCGAGUCACGUGGGGCCAUGCUCACGUGACAUGGAGGAAGUAGCUGACGGUAGCCAAGGGAGAAGUCACAUGCAGCGGCUUCCGGAGGGCUGGACUACUCGGGCUCCUCUCCCGGGCUGGCACCCUAGAUUCUCCUUAUUUCUUCCUGGACCUGCUGACUCUCCAGCUCUCUUUAUCUCCCUGGACCCUGGCCUCAUCCUUCAUCAGACCAAGUCCAUUGGUUGGUGCCUCUACUGCCCUGUGCCAAGAAGAAACAAAACACACAGCAGGCUUGGAGUUGCUGGGUGUCCACAGCCAAGGUGUGGAAUCCACAGGUGUAGUCUACACUGAGAUUAACCUUUUAAGGUUGGAGAAUCCUUGAAGCAACUCUGCUUUACCCUUUUUUGACAUUUAGAAAAAUGCAUUUGUUAGUGUGAAGACUGGAAUGAUGAUCGAUGAUCUUAAAAUAUGUUA